AUGGCCCUUAUACCUAUUGUAAAAGUUGUUGAUUUAUAUCGUCAUGAUCAACUCGAAGAUGGUUAUGGAAUUGAGUGGAUUGGUGAUGGAAAUGAGGGCGAACUUAGGCAAGAAACAAUUUCUGUUCGAUCUGUACAAGCAAAUUGUGAACAUUUACCAACACAAAUUAGGCGAUCGCUUUCUAAAAUCUUACCUGGUGAUGUUGUAGUUGAAUUAAAUGGAGUUAGUACAACGAAUAUUGGAGUGAGAGAGUUUAUUAAAAAUCUCAAAUUAUCUGGAAGUCGAGUUCGAAUUCGUUUGAAAUCAGUCGUUGCUGUUUUCAGUUUGUAA